AUGGCUGAAUAUCUCGCUUCUAUCUUCGGAACGGAAAAAGAUAAAGUGAAUUGUUCGUUUUAUUUCAAAAUUGGUGCAUGCCGUCAUGGUGAACGAUGUUCACGUGUUCAUAAUAAACCAACGUUUAGUCAAACGAUUCUUUUGAAAAAUCUUUAUCUGAAUCCAAAUAAUAAUGCAGUUCCAAAACCUGAGGGUGGUUUUGAACAACAUGCUGGAAAUAAUUAUACCGAUCAUGAAGUUCAGCAACACUUCGAUGAAUUUUAUGAAGAAGUCUAUACUGAAGUUGAAGAUAAAUAUGGAGAAAUCGAAGCAAUGACUGUCUGUGACAAUCUGGGCGAACAUCUGAUCGGAAAUAUUUAUAUUAAGUUUCGUUAUGAAAGAGAUGCAGAACAAGCAGUUAACGAUUUAAACACACGAUGGUUCGAUCAUAAGCCAAUCUAUGCUGAAUUAAGUCCAGUAACAGAUUUUAAAGAAGCAAGCUGUCGACAGUAUGAAUUAGGAGAGUGUAUGCGAAGUGGCUUUUGUAAUUUUAUGCAUAUCAAGACAUUGUCACCUGAUAUUAAGAAACGUCUUCGUGAACGUCGAAAACGAUCACGUUCUCGCAGUCGAUCGCCAGCAAGACGUAAUAAUAAUAAUCGCCGACGUUAA